CCUAUUUGGCUUCCCGCGAAUAAUCUAUUGGUUAUAACUAUUUCCCGCAGUGCAUUGCGUCUUAAGCCAUGCUCUCAUGUUAGUUGUAUAUUAUAUAUUGACCUUACUAACUUACAACUCUUCUUACUAUUUAAUAUAUUAUUGAAACUCACAUUGUAGUUAUUUCUUAGUGUUCAAAUUAUAUAAAGUAAACCGUUGAGUAGAUUUAAGUACUCAAUAUUUGGAGCCCACGGAGAUAUUUGUUGCUGAUCCUAAAGUUAUCAGCUGUCGUUCAAGUUUAUUGCUGAUCCUAAAGUUAUCAGCUAUCGUUCAAGUUUAUUGCUGAUCCUAAUGUUAUCAGCUAUCGUUUAAGUUGCUGUUGAUCCUGAAGUUAUCAGCUGUUUAAAGUUGUUGCUGUUCUGAAAGUUACCAGCUGUUAUUAAAUUUCGUUGCUGAUUCUCAAGUUCGAACAAAGAUUAAAGUUUGUGAGAAGAUAAAGUUGAAGUUAAGUAAUAAUUGAUAUUGUACUUGUUUUUUGGGUCAAUCCUUUUUUUUGGGGGGUUGUUUAAUGCACGUGUUUUUAUUUGCAUUAAAAAAUUAUAUAUAUAUUUGUAAUUUAUUUGUGUUUGUGUCAGAAUUGACCAUAGUUUUUUAAGUAAGCAUUAUUUGUUGUUGACAUUUAUAGGGUUUUUAUAUAAUGUCGAGUAUUGCUGGAAAACGACGUGUUCGUACCAUUACGGUCACUGCUGUUAAAAAUAUAUUUGAAAGGGCCAAUGAGUGUAUGACUAAUUUUAGCCAGGAUAGUAACUCUUUUGAGGAACUAUCUAGUUUUAAGGAAGUUUUGAUCAAAAAAUAUAAUAAAGUUAAAGCAAUUGAUGAUGAUUUGAUCAAUUUAAUUGAAGAUGAUGAGGAAUUGUUAAAUGAAGAAAAUUUAGCUAAUGAGUUUUCUUUAUUUUUCAAAAAGAACAUGAAAAUAAUUGAAAAAUUUAAUAAUAAUAUUUAUAAAAGUAUUAACGAGUCGCAAUCUAGCAGUUUAAAAAGUUUUUCAAAUAUAAACAUUAAACUUCCACCUUUAAAAUUAAGUACCUUUAGUGGAAAGCCAGAGGAAUGGCAGACCUUUUAUGAAAAUUUUGAAUGUGCCAUCCAUAAUAAUAAUGAUCUUUCCCCAAUACAAAAGCUUAACUAUCUAAGAAAUUUACUUGACGGGAAAGCUUUGAAAACAAUUUCAGGCUUAGCAUUAACAAAUGACAACUAUCAUACAUCAUUGGAGUUACUUAAGGAAAGAUUUAAUGAUAAACAACUGUUAAUUUCGACACAUAUGAAGUCACUUCUAUCUCUAGAGAGAGUGCAAAGUAUUAACAACAUUUCUUCAUUAAGACGUAUUCAUGAUAAUAUCGAAGUUCAAAUUAGAAGUUUAGAAAACUUAGGUAUAGAUUCAACUAUGUAUGGACCUUUAUUGAUUCCUAUUAUAAUGCAAAAAAUUCCAGAGGAGUUAAAUUUGAUUAUUGCUAGAAACUUCGAUUCCUGUGAUUAUUGGGAUAUAAAAUAUGUUUUAAAAUCUUUAAAAACUGAGUUGCAAGCUAGGGAAAAAGCUCACUCAGGUAGAGAGUGUAAUUUUGAUCCUUCAACAGCAGAAGUAUUACAUUCUAGUGCUUCCUUUAAGCCACAAUAUGAAUUAAAAUGCAUUUUUUGUAGUAAAAGUCAUAAAAGUGAAAGUUGUAAAACUGUAACAAAUAUAAAUUCAAGGAGAAAUAUUUUAAGAGAUAAAAGGCGUUGCUUUAAUUGCCUCAAAUCAGGUCAUAUGUCUAAAGAUUGUCAUUCUAGAAUAAGCUGUUAUGAGUGCUCAGGGAAGCAUCAUAUUUCUAUGUGUUUUAAAAAGUUUCCUUUGCAUAUUGAUGAUAGUAAAGAAUCAAACAAUAAGUUAACGUCUGUUGCUACUACAGAAGCAUUAAAAUCUAAGAAUGUAUUGUUACAAACUGCUAUGGUUACAGUAAAGAAUAAAGAUAAGACACUAAGAUGUCGCCUUUUAUUUGACAGUUGUUCUCAGCUGAGUUAUAUUUCUCCAUCAUUACGAAAGAAGCUCUUUCUACCCACAUUAGGUAGAAAGCAAUUAAAUAUUAAAACUUUUGGAAAUCAGAGCCAAACCCAGAACUUAGAGAUGGUUAAACUUUCUAUACUGACUUUAAAGAACUCCUUAAUACCUAUAACUUGUUUUGUUAAGCCCAUAUGUGCUCCUCUUAGUGGUCAGUAUAUAGAGGAGGCUGUCGAUUCCUUUGAACAUUUAAAAGGAAUCAAUUUAGCUGAUAGUAAUGUAGAUUGCAAAUCAUUGGAAGUAGAUGUACUUAUUGGAGCGGAUUAUUAUUGGUCAUUCUUUAAUGGCAAGGUAAUUCGCGCCAAUACAGGUCCUGUUGCUUUACAAUCAUCAGUUGGUUAUAUAUUAAGCGGAAAUGUAAAUGCAUCAUCUGGAAAAGAUUGCUCUGUCUUUUCCACACAUACUUUAAAAGUUGAGACGGAAUUCAUUAAUGAAAUUCCCCAAUUUAAUGAGAAUAUUAAGAAAUUUUGGGAACUAGAGAAUUCAGGAGUGGAAGAUAAUAUUUUUGAUCAUUUUAAAAGUAAUAUUUAUUUUGAUAAUAAAGAGUGUAGAUAUACAGUUAAAUUACCAUUUAAAAAUAACCAUGCAUUAUUGAGCGAUAACUAUAGUUUAUGUAUAAAACGUCUGAAUGUAAUUCUUAAUAAAUUAAAAAAUGAUUCUGAGCUAUUAAAUGAAUACAAUAAGAUAAUUAUAGAGCAAUUAAAUUCAGGGGUAAUAAAGAAGGUAAAUAAUUAUGAUUCGAGUAUUAGUGAGGUGCAUUACUUGCCACAUCGCCCAGUAUGUCGUAAAGAUAAAACUUCAACAAAAGUGAGAAUUGUUUUUGGCGCAAGUUCCACUCUAUCGGGUCCAUCAUUAAAUGAUUGUAUAAAUGCUGGACCAAGUUUAGCUACACCUUUAUUUUUUAUAUUAUUACGUUUUCGUGCUAAUAAAUAUGCCUUUAUUGCAGACAUAGAGAAAGCAUUUUUGCAGAUUGCCCUUGAUAAAAAUGAUAGAAAUUAUUUGCGUCUAAUAUGGUUUGAUGAUAUUUAUAAUAUUAAUAAUAGUAAUUUGUUUUCAUCUGCAUUGGCUACAUAUCGUAUAUGUAGAGUGCCUUUUGGUGUUACUUCAUCUCCAUUUCUCCUCAAUGCCACAUUAAUUUAUCAUGCUGAGAGAUAUUGCCUUAAUGAUAAUAAUAUUUCCUCAAAGUUGUUGCAAUCCUUGCAUAUAGACGAUUUGAUUUCUAGCUGUGUUACCAUUGAAGAAGGUAUUUUAUUUUUUAAUAAAUGUAAAGACAUAUUAAAUGAAGGAGGUUAUAACUUAAGAAAGUUUGAGUCUAAUUCUUCAGCCUUUGAGAAACAAAUUAACGGUGACAAUUAUGAGAGACAAACGAAUACAAGAGUUUUAGGCCUCAAAUGGAAUAAGACAGAAAAUUCAAUAAUUUAUUCAUUUGAGGAUUUAUUAAAUGUAGCCUCAAUAGUUCCAACAAAGAGAGAAGUGAUGAGUUUCAUUGCCAGUAUUUAUGACCCAAUAGGUCUUAUUAAUCCAGUAGUUGUAACUUGUAAAAAUUUAUUUCAAAGGAUUUGUGUUUCUAAGUUAGGUUGGAAUGAAAAUUUGUAUGGUGAUUUAUUGUCUACUUGGAAUCUUAUUUUAAGUGAUUUCAAAUCUGUUUUUCAAAUAGCAGUACCUCGAUGGUAUAUGAGUCCUGGGUUGGGUAAUAUAAAUAAUGUAAAAUUUGAAUUACAUGGUUUUUCUGAUGCAAGUGUUAAGUCGUUUGGGUGUUGUGUUUAUCUUAGAUUUUUUAAUGCUAAUUUUAGUCGUGCCUCUUUGAUAGCCUCGAAGUCUAGGGUUGCCCCAUUAGGCAAGAACACAAUGCCUCGAUUAGAGCUUUUUGCAACUUUACUUUUAGCAAAGCUAUUAGCAUCUAUUUACGAUCAAUUGAUAUCUAUUUAUAACAUUUCAAAUAUAAUAUAUUGGACUGAUUCAACAAUUUGUUUGCAUUGGAUUUUUAAUACUAAUAAUACCUAUGAACAGUUUGUACAAAAUCGUUUAAAUAAAAUAAGAGAAUUGACUUUAAUUUGUAAUUGGAACUAUAUUGAAUCCUUUAGGAAUCCUGCAGAUAUAAUAUCACGAGGAUCUUCGCUUAAGAAAUUAAAUAAUAAUGAACUUUGGUUUUAUGGACCCAAUUUUUUAAAUGAUAUUAAUAUUAAAUGGCCAUAUUAUGAACAUGUUAAUCAUUCAAAUGAAACACUUGAAGUUUUGUGUAAUGUGGUACAUGUUAAGGUUAAUGUUAAUCUUGACUUUAUUAAUGUUGAUAAAUUUAGUGAUUUUAGGUAUUUACUUCGAGUAACAUCGUGGAUUCUUCGGUUUAUCAAUAAUGCGAAAGAUAAAAAGAAGAACAUCUUUAAGACUGGUUUAAUUACAGCUGAAGAAAUAGAUAAUGCAAAGCGAUUGUGGAUUAAAUUUUCACAAAUAAAUCUAAUCGAUGAGAAUAAAUUUAAACAAUUGCGAAAAGAUUUACGUUUAUUUGUUAGCGAUGGUAUAUAUCGAUGUCGUGGCAGAAUUGAACAUGCUGAUUUAGAAUAUGAUACAAAGUUUCCUAUUUUUAUUUUCAAUAACUGUUAUUUUGCUAAAUUAUUAAUUUUACAUUUUCAUAAGCUUGUCAAGCACAAUGGUGUGAAAGAAACAAUUAAUGCUUUAAGAUCCCAAUAUUGGAUACCUUGUUGUAGGCAGUUAGCAAAGAGCGUGAUACGAGAAUGUACAACUUGUCGACGUAUAGAGGGUAGGCCUUAUUCAUACCCACCUGCUCCACCUUUGCCUGAAAGUCGUUUAAAUUCUGAUUUCGCCUUUAAAAGUAUUGCUUUGGAUUAUGCUGGUCCGCUGUAUAUUAAAGAUAUUUAUGGCGAUUGUACGUUGAAUAAAGCAUGGAUUUUCUUAUUUACAUGUUGCAGUAGUCGUUCGAUUUUAUUAGACUUAGUAGCUGACUGUUCAUCUAGAUCAUGCAUUAUGGGUAUCUGUAGAUUUAUUGGAAGACGGGGUGUUCCAGAAAUUAUUUAUUCAGACAAUGGUUCACAAUUUGUUUCAACUGAAACUCAGUACUUUGCUGCAAACCAUUCUAUAAAAUGGAAGUUUAAUGCGCCUUCGGCACCGUGGUGGGGAGGGAUGUUUGAGCGACUAGUACGAAUGACUAAAAGAUGUUUGAAGAAAGCCUUAAAGAAUUCGAAGUCUUCUUAUGAAGAAGUACGAACGUUGCUUUCUGAAAUUGAAAUGGUACUAAAUAACCGACCAUUAACUUAUUUGUAUAACAAUCAAGGUGAUGAAGCACUCACACCUAAUCACUUAGUUUUUGGACAUAAGCUUAAGCUUGAAUCAAGUCUUAAUGCUUGUAACGAUAUAGAACAAGAUGUGCAUAUACGAAACAGUAUGUUAUCGAAUACAUUGAGUCAUUUUAGAAGUAGAUUCAAAAGUGAGUACUUGACAGAGUUGCGUGAAUAUCAUAAAUCAAAGCGGAGUAAUGGAUGUAAUGGUAUUCGUGUUAAUGACAUUGUAUUAAUUGAAAAUGAUAACUGUAAAAGACAAUUAUGGAAAUUAGCACGUGUUAAAGAAUUGUUAUAUUCAAACGACGGAGUUGUUCGCGUUGCUAAAGUUUGUUACAAACAAGAGAAUGGUAGUUCGUGUUUAAUUACUCGACCCAUUAAUAAACUAUAUCCUACUGAAUAUUCAGACAAUGAAAAAAUAGUAACUGUUGCCUUUAUUAACGAGAAGAAUAUUCCUUUACUUGUAAAUGGUGGCCGGGAGUGUUGAAGCCUAUUUGGCUUCCCGCGAAUAAUCUAUUGGUUAUAACUAUUUCCCGCAGUGCAUUGCGUCUUAAGCCAUGCUCUCAUGUUAGUUGUAUAUUAUAUAUUGACCUUACUAACUUACAACUCUUCUUACUAUUUAAUAUAUUAUUGAAACUCA